GAGGCCGGCGGGGGCGGGCGCUGCCGGGGCGGGCUCGUCGGCGCCGUCCUCCCUCCGGAAGUCUCUCCCGCUCCCUCCUUUCUCCUCCUCUCCCCCGACAACAUGGCCGCGAAGUCGGACGGCGGCGGCGGCGGCGGCGGCGGCGGCGGCGGCGGCGGCGGCGGUGGCGGUGGCCCGGCCGUGAGGCUGGAGAGCCCGGAGGAAGGCGGCGGGGGGAGAGGAACGGGAGGAGGAGCGGCCCCCCCGGCGCGACGAUACCGGUUGCGGGACGGCUGCUGGGUGCUCUGCGCCCUCCUGGUCUGCUUCGCGGACGGUGCCUCGGACCUGUGGCUGGCGGCCCACUACUACGUGCGGGGGCAGCGGUGGUGGUUCGGGCUGACGCUGCUCUUCGUGCUGCUGCCCUCGCUGGUGGUGCAGCUGCUCAGCUUCAGGUGGUUCGUCUACGACUUCGCCGCCAGCACCAAGGACAGCGCCGGCAGCACCAAGGACAGCGCCCGCGGCCCCCGCGGCUGCUGCCGCCUCUGCGUCUGGCUGCUGCAGGGCCUCAUCCACCUCCUGCAGCUGGGGCAGGUCUGGAGGUACCUCCGCACGCUGUACCUGGGGCUGCAGAGCCGGUGGCAGGUCGAGCACCGCCGCCGCCACUUCUACUGGCGGAUGAUGUUCGAGAGCGCGGACAUCAGCAUGCUGCGGCUGCUGGAAACCUUCCUGAAGAGCGCGCCCCAGCUCGUGCUGCAGCUCAGCAUCAUGGUACAGCAGAACACCAUCGAGCCGCUGCAGGGGCUCUCGGCCUCGGCCUCGCUGGUCUCCCUGGCGUGGAUGAUCGCCUCCUACCAGAAGGUGCUACGGGACUCACGGGAGGACAAGAUGCCCAUGUCCUACAAGGGGGCCGUGGUGCAGAUCCUGUGGCACCUCUUCACCAUCGCCGCCCGCGCCAUCGCCUUCGCCCUCUUCGCCUCCGUGUUCCAGCUCUACUUCGGCAUCUUCAUCGUCACCCACUGGUGCAUCAUGACCUUCUGGAUCAUCCAGGGUGAGACGGACUUCUGCAUGUCCAAGUGGGAGGAGAUCAUCUACAACAUGGUGGUAGGCAUCAUCUACAUCUUCUGCUGGUUCAACGUCAAGGAGGGACGGAGCCGCUACCGCAUGUGCAUCUACUAUGUUAUCACGCUGUCAGAGAACGCCGCCCUCACCAUCCUCUGGUUCCUCUACUACGACCGCAAGACCACUUCCGACUUCGACGCCUUAAUCCUUGUCUGUGUGGUCAGCUCCAGCUUCGCCCUUGGCAUCUUCUUCAUGUUCAUCUACUACUGCCUCUUGCACCCCAACGGCCCCAUGUUCAGCCCCCGUGUCGGCGGUUGCAUUUUCCGGCAGCGGCCGGCCCCGGCACCGGGGUCCCCCGCGGACGCCGUCACCAGCCCCCCCCGCUCGCUGCCGCGGACUACAGCGGGGGAGCGGGAUGGGGCGCCGGGGGAGCGGGACAGCUGCGUGCCCGUCUUCCAGGUGAGACCCUCCGCUCCACCAGCGCCGGCCGCCCGCGCCCCGCGGACAGAGAGGCCCGUCAUCCGCAUUGACCUGCCCAGGAAGAAGUACCCGGCCUGGGACGCCCACUUCAUCGACCGGCGCCUGCGGAAGACCAUCCUGGCGCUGGAGUACGCGUCGCCCACCACCCCACGCCUGCAGUACCGCACGCCCGGUGUCCCCCAGGAGGUGCUGGAGUACGAGACCACCGUGUAGGGCGGGAGGUGCGGGGCUGCGACAGAGCCCUCCCAGUGCCAUCCCGGCCGUCCCACAUCUUUGCAGCCAUUUGCCUUUCGGUUGGGUUUGCCGGUGCUGCCGUGCCGCCGCAGCGAGCACCCCGCGGGCGGGGGCCGGGGAGGUCUUUUGGUGCUAUCCCCCCCCGCGCCACCCUCCCGCAGCUGAGACCCGUGUCCCACCCCACGGCGGCCGCCCCGGCUCCCCCUGGGGCUCGUCCUUGCCAAAAUACCUCACCGGUGCCUGAGCCCAAGGCGGUGGGUGCUGCGGCCCCGCAGUGCUCGACCGUGUCAGUGGUGCAGGAUGGGGACUGGGGACACCGUGGGCUGGGGGCCGGCAGCUGCGAGGGGCUUGGGGCACGGUGGGGCACGGCGCGGCCCAGGUGGGCGGCACACGGGGACGUGGGUGCCUGUGCCGUGGCAGCACUGUGGGGCUGGAGUGCAGCUGCACCGUGGUGUGUUUGGGGCUCAUCACCCCCAGAAAGCUGGGGCAGGGGACAGCCGGGACCCGGCCAGCCCCCCCAUGUCUCCUACUUCCCCCACACGCUGCAUUGCCAGCCCCAGGGGGGCCCUUUCAUCUCCAUCCUUGGUCCCCCCAGCUCAGGGUCGAGCCACGUCCUCAACCCCACGGGGUCCCUGCUGCCCUGUGGGGCACAGACCCUGGCCGGGGGGGGCCCCUCAUGGGCGGGCAUGGACCCUGCUCCCCCUGGGUCUGAGCUGGGCCCCCGGCUCUGACCGGGAUGGCGGCACCCCAUCAUCCCCCCUGUCCCCACGGGAACCGCUUCGUCUCAUCGGGUUUGUUUUCACCUGAAUGGUGACAUUUUGUGUGACAUUUUCUACCUCCGCUGCGGCCAGGGAGGGGGGCAGGGCCUGGCUGGCACUGCUGCGGGGGGCGUGCGGGGCCACUGGCAUUCCCAGCGCUCCCCAAAGCGGGAUUUACCCCCAGCCGUUCUCCCCUCCCGGGUUUGGCAUUGCUUCCCACCCGGGAGCGUUUCCAUUCACCCCCCUCAUUGGCAUCAGCCCCAUCCAGCUCCCCCAUAUAAACCUAAGCCGGGAUCCUGCCUCCCCCCUGCCUCCCCCCGCCUGCCCAGAGGAGCAGGGCUGCCCUGGGCUCCAGGUUUGAAUGUGUCCCUGGUCCUGCCCAGAUCCGUUGGCUUGCCCCUGCCCGAAGGACUGUGCUGAAUGUACCCUGUGCCCCCCCCGGGGCCAGGCGUGCGCCAAGGGGGGGGUGCGUAUGCAUGUGUGCGUGUGUUCAUGUGUGCGUAUGUGUGCAUGCGUGUGUGGGGGGGGGGCUGGCAGGGGUUUGCAGAGCAGGGGAGCUGCCGGACCACAUGGCCCCAUGCCCCCUGCCCCUGUGCCUUCCCCGUACCCGCUGUGCCCCCCGCAACAGCCCCACAGGGUCCCGGCCUCCGGCUGCCCUGUGCUGCGGUGCCAAGCCCUGCCCCGAGCCGGGGAGCGUGGGCAACCCCGCCGGCCCCACCGUGCCAUGAGGCACCAUGCGAGGCACCGCACGAGGCACGGUGCCGGCCGUGGGAAGGGCUCCUAC